CUUCAAAAUCAAAACACACACACACUAUGCAAUCAACACUUGACACAGAGGAUCUUCGUGUCCCCCUUCAAAACCUCUCCCAACUCAGCACACGAAUGGAUUCUCUGCAACGCUUCAUAUCCCAAUCCAUCAACACCAACACUCUCCUCACCAACCACCACAUGGCCAUAGUCUCCGACGAGAUUGUCUCGGCCGUUCGCCACCUCAUCAUCAACAGCGCCGCUCUUGUCUCCUGCACGACAACACCCUACCCUUUUUCGGAAACCGUUCCUUCAAAGAAGCCAACGUUGGAUUCGAAAGAAGCCGAGCUUGUCGACGACGACAGGGAACAUUGUGAAAUUGUGGAGUUCGACGCGGUGGAGCUGUUGGAGAACGACUUUCAUUUCUGCGAGGUUUGCGGGAAAGGGUUUAAGCGCGACAUGAACCUGCGAAUGCACAUGCGGGCGCACGGGGAUGAGUUUAAGAUUAAGACCCACGAAGCGUUGUCGAAGAAGAAGCGUUUCGGGGAAACGCGCUUAAGAGGGACGUGGUUUUCUUGUCCCUUUGAAGGUUGCAACAGGAACAAGGUGCACAAGAAGUUCAGGCCUCUGAAGUCGAUGUUUUGUUUGAGGAACCAUUUCAAGAGAAGCCAUUGCCCGAAAACGCACACGUGUGAUCGGUGUCGGAAGAAGAGUUUUGCGAUGCUUUCGGACUUGAAGAGCCACGCGAAGCAGUGCCGGGGAGAGUCCACGUGGAAGUGCACGUGCGGAACCACGUUUUCGAGGAAGGAUAAGUUGUUUGGACACGUGGCACUGUUCGAGGGGCAUUUGCCUGCGCUUGAAGAGAAAGGGAAGCAAGUGGCGGUGGAUCAUGAAGUGUUGAUGAAUGAAAGUGAUUGUUUCGAUGGGUUACCUGAAGGGUUCUUCGAUGAUUUGGAUGAUUUUGGGUUUGGCUCCAUUCACAACAACUGGGAUAAGGAUUUGCCCCAUUUAUAA